AUGGCACGAUCAAAAAAAAUUACUGAGGCUGAGAAAAAAUUAAAAAAGAAAGAGUAUGAUAGAAGAAGAAGAGAAAAACUUAAAAGUAAUGCCGAAUCUUUGGAAAAACUUCAAGAAAAGGAAAGAUUAAAAUAUUUAAAAAAAAAGAGAAAGGUCAGCGUGACUUCAGCAAUAGCGGCUAUAACCUGCAAUGUGCAUUGCACAAAAUGUCUAUUCAGGGAAUGUUUGAACUGCAAGGAACGCUCGUUACAAUACUAUUUACCAAAUCCUAAUCAGUUGGUGACUUAUCGACAGUGGAUUUAUGAAGUCAGUACAUUUGAAAAGGACGGGAAAAAAAAGUCUGUACGUAAACCAGUAAAAAAAGAGUACAGAGUUAAACUGAGACAGCUUAUCCAAAACCUGGAAGCAGCAUUACCACUUUUUUUUACACAUAUUGGCACCAUUGUACAUCAAUAUCAAGCCGUUCAAAAUAUAAAGAAAAAUUUAACAAUAAACGACAUUCUUAUUCAUGUGGAUUUUAGUGAAAAUUAUUGCUGCAAGUAUAGUGAAGAAAUACAAGCUGUUCACUUUGGUGGAGGACGGCAGCAGAUCACAAUGCAUACAGGUGUACUUUACUUGCGCAAGGAUGAUGCUAUCAAACCUGUAUCUUUUUGCUCUCUCUCUAGCGACAAUAGACAUGACACAAUGGCUGUUUGGGCGCACUUAAAACCCAUUUUUGACUGGAUAAAAACACAAAGUUUACCUAUUUCUCGAUUACAUAUGCUAAGUGAUGGGCCUGUUAAUCAAUAUAAAAAUAAAUUCAUGUUUGAAAUGGUGUGUCGCUAUCUAAAAAAAAUUUAUCCGGGAAUCAAACACUUUUCAUGGCAUUAUUCUGAACCCGGGCAUGGUAAGGGAGCGCCUGACGGUAUCGGUGGAACACUGAAGCGGACAGCUGACAAAGUCGUAGCAGAAGGCCGUGAUAUCGUAGACCUGAAAUCAUUGAAAUCUAUCCUUCAAACCAGAUGUCCUUCUAUUUUAUUGUUUGAAGUUACCACAUCAGAUAUUUUACUGAUGGAUGAUCUCAUAAAACAGUCAAAGUCCAUUUCCACAUUUCGGGGUACUCAAAAAAUACGUCAGUUCGUAUUUUUUAACAACACCUUGCAGUGCAGAAGUCUUUCAUGCAUUUAUUGCAAAAAAGAAUGUACCCAUUAUCAUUUAGGAUAUUUUCAGCAUAAUCAAUCAAAUCAACUUCUUAGGACUCAUAACAAAACCCCGCAAAAGUCAAUGAAAAUUGAUACAAUGAAUUUAGAUAAGGAUAAUCACCGAAUGUAUCUACCGUCUACUUCACGCAUUCAAAAUCAUAUUGGAAUAUUGAAGGAAAAUGAUAUAAUUGAUUUAGAAAAUGAUAGAUCUACUGUUGGCUCCGAUAGCGACAAGACUGCUACCACUGGAGAUCAUGUCCUGAUUAAAUGGGGCAACGCAAAGUAUCCUGGAGAAGUUUUAUCCGUUUUUGAGGAUGGUUUAAUGGUUAGAUGUAUGAAACAAGGUGUAAAGUUUUGGAGAUGGCCUAAUAUUAAAGAUGAACAAUUAUAUCGCUGGGAAGACGUAAUACAGAAAAUAAAGAUGCCAAAGUUAGUUAAAAGAGGGAAUUAUGUUAUUACAGAGUUGGAUGACUCUAUAAGUGAUGUUUAA